AUGCCUCGCGACCCCCUGAUCGGCCUUGUCGGAAAGCCGUCCGCGGGCAAGUCGACGACGCUGAACAGCUUGACCGACGCCACGUCCAAACUUACACUGCCCGCGGCUCCCUCCAGAUUCACGACAAUAGACCCCCAACGAGCGAUCGGCUACCUCCAGAUCCAGUGCGCCUGCGAGCGAUUCGGCGUACAGGACAAGUGCAAGCCCAACUACGGCGCCUGCGACGCGGGGCGGCGGUCGGUGCCGAUCGAGCUGCUCGACGUGGCGGGUCUGGUGCCGGGGGCGCACGAGGGGAAAGGGCUGGGCAACAAGUUCCUCGACGACCUGCGGCACGCGGACGCGCUGGUGCACGUGGUGGACGCCUCGGGGCGGACCAACGCCGAGGGCGAGAACACGCGCGGCUACGACCCCUCGCAGGACAUCGCCUGGCUGCGGUCCGAGAUCGUAGCCUGGAUCAAGGGCAACCUGUGGCAGAAGUGGGGGUCCGUGAGGCGCCGCCACGUCGCCGUCAAGGCCACCGCCGUCGAGACCCUGCAGGGCCAGUUCUCGGGCUACGGCAGCACGUCGCAGGUUGUGGCGCGCACGCUCGACCGUUUGAACCUCAAAGAGCCGCUCGAGGCCUGGUCCGAGGCCACCGUCGACCGCGUCGUCGGCGCCUUCACCGACGAGAAGUUCCCCACCGUCAUCGCCCUCAACAAGAUCGACGACGCCGACGCCUACACGAACCUCAUGAAGAUCACCAAGAUGCAGGACCCGAACAUGGUGGUGGCCUGUUCGGCGAAGGCCGAGCUGUUCCUGCGCAAGAUGGCCAAGCAGGGCUACAUACGGUACACCGAGGGCACCGAGUUCGUCGACACGAGGGAGGACCUCAUCGCCGACGGCGACCCGGACGGCGGCGGCCUGAAGGAGCUGGACGAGAAGAACAAGAACCAGAUCGAGGAGUACCGGGACAUGAUCCUAUUCCGGUACGGGUCCACGGGCAUCGUCCAGGUACUGUCCAAGGCGGCCGAGAUACUGGGCCUGGUGCCCGUGUUCCCCGUGCGCAACGUGUCGAGCUUCAGCUCGGGGUCGGAUACCAAGGUCGCCUUUAGAGACUGCGUGCUGGUCAAGAAGAACAUGAACGUCGGCGAGGUGGCGCGCAAGGUCAUGGGCGACGCCCCUAUUGCCUACGUGGAAGGGGUUGGCGGCGUCCGGGUGUCGGAGGACGCCAUCGUCGCCGUGGGCAAGAACGAUGUCUUGUCGUUCAAAGUCGGGCGCGCAUAA